CUAAUUAGUUCUCUAAUUAGUCAUUUCUCUAACAUUAAUUACCUGAAAGCUUCUUCUUCACCAAUGGCUAUUGUUGCAACAUUUUCCAUUCUUUCAAUGGCUAAUUAUGCAACAUUUUCCAUUCUUUCUCUUUUUUUCAUCUUCUUCUUAAGCUUUUGCGUCAAUGAGAGUUUUGCUGAUAAUGGAGGGUGGCAAAGUGCUCACGCCACAGCCUAUGGAGGGGGUGAUGCAUCUGGCACUAUGGGGGGUGCUUGUGGUUAUGUUAAUUUGAACAGCCAAGGUUAUGGAACAAAUACUGCAGCAUUAAGCACAGCUCUAUUCAACAAUGGUUUGACAUGUGGGGCUUGUUAUCAGCUCAAAUGCAACAAUGACGGCAAACGGCGCAUUUCUGGAACAAUUACUGUCACUGCUACAAAUUUCUGUCCUCCUAAUCCAUCUUUACCUAGCAACAAUGGUGGCUGGUGCAAUCCUCCUCUUCAACAUUUCGAUUUGGCACAGCCUGCUUUCUUGAAAAUUGCUCAAUAUAAAGCCGGCAUCGUCCCAGUAUCUUUCCGCAGGGUGCCUUGCAAGAAGAAGGGAGGAAUAAGGUUUACAAUAAAUGGCCACUCCUAUUACAACUUGGUUUUGGUGACUAAUGUUGGAGGUGCUGGUGAUGUUCAUUCAAUUUCCAUAAAAGGGUCCAAAAAUGGAUGGACAUCAAUGUCAAGAAAUUGGGGCCAAAACUGGCAAAGCAAUUCAUAUCUCAAUGGCCAAAGUCUUUCAUUUAAAGUGACUACAAGUGAUGGAAGAACUGUCACAAGCAACAAUGCUGCACCAGCUAAUUGGCAAUUUGGCCAAACUUUUGAAGGGAGACAAUUUUAGUUUCACCUACACACUCUAGGAGAAAAUAAAUAAAGAGGCUAGAGAGGACGUCAACUUUUAUAUACUGAUAGUGUACAAAAUUAUCAUUCUGAAAUAAUCAUUAUUAGUGAGUGUGUAUUAAUAACGUUAAAAUAAGAUAAAUAAUAUGUUAUACUCCUAAUAGAUUAUAAGUUAUAUCUAUUCAAAAUUGUUUUGUA